UUUAAAGUCAGCCGAUCUUAUUCUGUUUGAGAAGAAAACGGCUCCAAUUUUUUUUUCUUUUCCUGACAGAAGCCGAACAAAUCCAUGUCCUCACCUCUUCCAUCUCCUCAUUCCUUCAUGUCCUCAUCACCACGAUCGCUAGCUGAACUGCGAGAACAGGCUGAGGUCAACGGAGCAGAUAUUGGCAAAUAUGCCGUCAAGACCUGGAUCACCUCCGCCAAUAAACUCUUUGAGCAGGGAGAUUACGACUUUAAACUGGAACAUUUAGAGAAUGCCUAUGUCCAUUAUUUAAGAGGGUUGAAUAUUGUCGUGGAAACCAUCAAACAACAUCCAGAUUAUUCCGAAGCGCGAAGAGAUUUUUUAUUUCAAUCUUUAUUAAAGAGAAUCGAUGGGGUAAUGACGAGAGUCGAAAAUAUUCGAAGCCAACUUGAAAGACGGUUCGCAGAGUAUACCAAAGUCGAAGCAAGUGACGAUCUGAAUCACGUUCUGCAGAAAUAUCCGUCCGUCGAAGCUCUUCACUCGAGUGGGAGUUCUAUCAACGAUCGGGUCGCUUCCGAUACCAGUCCAUUAUCGUUAGACAGCCUGCCGCCUGUUCCGCAGCAUGUUCCCAGCACUCGCAAGAUGUCGAUGCCAACUCCUCAACCAUCACCGCCUGUGACCUCACCAGGACCUUCUCCAACUGCUCCAUCCGCCCCUCCGAUUCCAGCCAAACCAAAGAUGCUCGCACCAGCACCAGCGCCAUCCCAACUUUCACCUCAUGCGCAACCCAAUGGAUAUUUUUCGCCUCCGCCACUUCAAAUCCCGCCACGAUCCAACAAUGAAUUUUCUCCUUCCAUGGUAAUGGAACCCAAGGAACUGGGCGAUUGGUUACUGAAGAAGAAUAAUCCAGCCAGUAUCCUGUUGCUGGAUGUAAGACCGAGAGAAGUUUAUAACCGUGGAUGUAUCAAGCAUCGUUGGAUCGCCCAAGUAGAACCCUUGGUACUACGAAAAGAUAUAUCAUCUCACAGGAUAUAUGAAUCGUUGGUCAUGAACCCGGAUAUUGAACAAGAGCUUUUCAAGCGACGCAACGAAUUUGAUCUUGUGGUGUAUUACGAUCAGGAUUCCACCAGCAUCGAGCAUGCUAGCGACGCUUUACGGUACCUGAAACGAGCCAUUUAUGAAGUAGAAUUCUCCACUAUUUUGCCUCAUGUUCCUGUCAUGCUUUUGGGAGGGUUUAACGCCUGGAAGGCGGUGUACGGUGAUCGUGGUGUGUAUCGGUUCAGUAAGAACGACAAAGAAGAAGACGCUACCUUGGAUCAAAAGAAGCCAGAGCGACCCAAGCACUGGUUGCAUGACGUCGUGGGCAAGAGUUCGGAAUCUGGUGUCAUGCAUCAAUCUGUCUAUGAUUAUUUUACGCAUGGCGGUAUACCCUAUACCCAAAACGCGGUGGCACAGCAGUAUCCAGCUGUGCAAGGGAUUUUUGCCAAUUCACUGAGUGGCUCCGAUCAACAAGUGUCACCGUCUCUUGCGAUGCCUGUGCCGGAACCCUUUUUCCCUAAUACCACCACGCCGACAGAAGAAACAAUUGCAAAUAAAUACCCAGAAAUCCGUCCUAACUCAUCCCAAGAAAAGCCCAGUCGUCCUUCGCUUCCCCAUGGCGUGCAACGUCGUACGACCUUUGUCGAUAACCCAUUUCAUGGCUUCACUGCCACUAGCAAUCCAAUGUUUGAUACCCCACCCCUGCCACCCAAAGAACCAAUUACAUCAAAACCACCUUCCAGUGGACCGUUUAUUACCAGCCCUCAACCAGCUUCUCAUCCUCCCGUUCGUCCUUCCCUUCCUGCCAAACCGCCCAACUUGAGAAUACCGCCCGCAGGUGAAAACACAAGAUUUGCACCUGUAUCAAAUAACUCAUUCGCGCAACUUGGCGCGAUGCAAAUUGGCGCCACUGGACUGAAAAAUCUGGGCAAUACUUGCUUCAUGAAUUCGAUUCUUCAGUGUCUCAGUGGCACCGCUCCUUUGGCACGCUAUUUUACAUCUGGCAUGUAUAAACAGAGUAUCAAUCGACAUAAUCCGUUGGGCACCGGCGGUGUUGUGGCCGAUAGUUUUGCCGAUUUGUUAAGAAUCAUGUGGAGUGAAGCAUACAACUUUAUUUCUCCUGUAUCUUUUCGAGAAGCGAUUAUUCGGUUUGCACCUCAAUUUGCAGGCACUGAGCAGCAUGAUUCCCAAGAGUUCCUGACAUUUUUACUGGAUGGACUCCAUGAGGAUUGUAAUAUGGUAACGAAGAAGCCUCCCACACCUCCCGAGGACGCCGAGGAAGAAGAGCGAUUCGAACGACUUCCUGAUUGGCAAGCUAGCAGUAUUGCCUGGCAACGGUAUCUGGAACGAAAUUCCAGUUUUAUCGUCAGCCUCUUCCAGGGUCAAUACAGAAGUCGGUUGACGUGCUUGACUUGUCACAAGACUUCUACCACUUAUAACACGUUUAUGUCUUUAUCGCUGCCGAUUCCGGCUAAAAACAACCAUCCAUCAAAGGUAUCGCUGUAUCAGUGUUUAGACGAGUUUGUUCGCGAGGAGAUUCUCGAUUUCGAUAAUGCUUGGCAUUGUCCGAGAUGUAAAAAGCCUCGCCGUGCAAGUAAAGCACUGACUCUGUCCCGAUUGCCGGAUGUCUUGUUGGUUCAUCUGAAACGCUUCUAUUAUGACGGACCGUUCAGGAAUAAGCUCGAAACGACAGUAGAUUAUCCUCUUCGGGAUCUCGACUUGUCGCGUUAUAUACCCCCAUCCAUGUUUUCACCCGAAAAAGCACAAGAACACGAAUCCUUAAAGUACGAUUUAUAUGGUGUAUCGAAUCAUUACGGAUCACUAACUGGUGGACACUAUACGGCUUGUGUGCGCAAUGGCUAUCGAGGAGAAUGGCACAAUUUUGAUGAUACACGAUUUUCUGUUUGUGAUCAAAGCAAAGUAUCGAGUCGAGCAGCAUAUAAUCUAUUUUAUGUGCGUACAACCGUGAAAUAAGCCCUCCAUCAAUAAAAACUGAUGAUUGUGUUCUUCUUAUGAUCGUGUGCGGCACUGGCAAGGAAAAUAAGAAAAGUCAAUCGGAGCUUAAUUAUUUCAU